CAAUAAAUAAUCCCAAGUUUGCACGUAAGCGUUUCGAUAGAACGGAUCGCUGUCAUUCAUUCAAUAUUCUCGAUUUAUACCUAAAAUGUCCAGUUUUUUCAAUUCAAAAAGCGCGGGUAACGUUCUCACGAAAUUCUUAAGACUCCUUAAAAUUAACCCCGAAAAAAACGUCCCUUCGAUCAUAAAAUCCGCCGCGGCCAAGCCCCUCGGUACCAGACUGUACAGUAGCGAAAUCAGGAAAUGUACUCUUAUCCCCGGAGACGGUAUCGGCCCGGAAAUAUCGGCGGCGGUACAGAAAAUCUUUUCCACUGCAAAAGUGCCCAUCGAAUGGGAGUCUGUCGACGUAACUCCUGUAAGGGGCCCGGACGGGAAAUUCGGGAUUCCGCAGGCGGCUAUCGACUCUGUCAACUGCAACAAAAUCGGUUUAAAAGGGCCUCUUAUGACGCCUGUGGGCAAAGGCCACAGAUCGCUAAAUUUAGCUUUAAGGAAGGAGUUUAAUCUUUAUGCCAAUGUGAGACCCUGCAGAAGCUUGGAGGGGUAUAAAACGCUUUAUGAUGAUGUGGACGUUGUGACUAUUAGGGAAAACACAGAAGGCGAAUAUUCUGGUAUCGAGCACGAAAUCGUCGAUGGAGUGGUGCAAAGUAUUAAACUUAUUACAGAAGAAGCUUCUAUCAGGGUCGCAGAGUUUGCGUUUCAAUAUGCCAAAGAAAAUAACCGCUCCAAAGUAACCGCAGUGCAUAAGGCAAAUAUUAUGCGCAUGUCCGAUGGUCUGUUCUUAAGGUGCUGCAGAGAGAUGGCCAACAAAUAUCCGGACGUCAAAUUUGAAGAGAAAUACCUCGACACUGUGUGUUUAAACAUGGUGCAAGACCCCUCACAGUAUGAUGUAUUAGUCAUGCCCAACUUAUAUGGCGACAUUUUGUCUGACAUGUGCGCUGGUUUAGUGGGAGGACUGGGAUUGACGCCGUCAGGAAACAUCGGGCUUAACGGGGCCUUGUUCGAGUCGGUACACGGCACAGCGCCCGACAUCGCGGGCCAAGACAAGGCCAACCCAACCGCGCUACUGUUGUCGGCCAUAAUGAUGUUGAGGUAUAUGCAGCUCAACAAGCCCGCGGAAAUCAUAGAGCGCGCUUGUUUCGACACCAUCAAGGAAGCCAAGUACUUGACAGGCGACCUGGGCGGCAGCGCCAAGUGUUCAGAGUUCACCAACGCCAUCUGCGAGAAAAUCUCAAACUCGUUGUAACGAGGAGUCGCGUCAGCUGAAGAAUAUAUUUAUCGAUCGCGUUGGUAGCAAAGCGAACCGUCUGGAAUAGCAGGCAUUUCGCGAGAUCUGCGUUAAUAAUUAGCGGAAAAUUCAGGACGUACCAAAUUCUGUAAAUACGGUUAGCUUGAGAAAUCUCUCUCUCUCUUAUUGUUGUUGUUAAUAGAGCAGUUGUAAUAUAUAUAUAUAUAUAUAUAUAUAUAUAUAUAUAUAUAUAUAUAUAUAUAUAUAUAUAUAUAUAUAUAUAUAUAUUGUAAGUAUAUAUAAUUGUUGAACGAUGUUUAAUUUGUAGCUAAAAUGCAGUUGUGUGUCCAGUAUUGUUCGGAAAACGAAGUUCGUGUGAUUUUUUUAUUUAUGUCGCGUCUUAUUUAUGUGAAUAAAUUGGUUGCAUUUUGCCGUUAA